UUUUCUCCGUGAACAUGGCCGAGAGGCGCAUUCCCUUCACUUUCCUGCGCACGCCGAGCUGGGACCCCUUCCGAGACUGGUACCAGGGGAGCCGGCUUUUCGACCAGGCUUUCGGGAUGCCCGCUUUCCCCGAGGAGCACUUCGCGUUCCCCAGCACCCACUGGCCCGGCUACAUCCGCCAAGCCGUCCCCGGCGCCGAGGUGGUGCAGGCCCCCGUGGCGCAGUCUCCCAUGAUGGCUUCACCCUACGCCCGCGCCCUGUCCCGCCAGCUCAGCACCGGGAUGUCCGAAAUCAAACAGACCCAGGACACCUGGAAGGUUAGCCUAGACGUCAAUCACUUUGCCCCCGAGGAGCUGACAGUGAAGACCAAGGAUGGCGUGGUGGAAAUCACCGGAAAGCACGAGGAGAGAAGAGAUGAACACGGUUACGUUUCCCGAUGCUUCACUCGUAAAUACACACUGCCUCCCGGUGCCGAUGUUGAGAAAGUCAGCUCCUGCCUCUCCCCUGAGGGCGUGCUUACUGUAGAGGCUCCCCUGCCCAAACCGGCCAUCCAGGGCUCAGAGAUCACCAUUCCCGUCAACGUAGGCAGCGGCGUAAAGAAGCCCGUCACUGAUAAGCCAGCCGGACAGGAGUGAAACCAGUCACGUGCGACUA